AUAUGAGUGAAUGUAGAAGGAGACAGUGCGAUAAAGCGAAACAAAUAAACAGAUACAGAAAAUAAUAGAGGAGAUAUAUACAUAAAUACGACGACGACGACGAAGAAGAAGAAAGGAGAUAGAUAGAAAGUUAUAAUUAGAGAAAGAGAAAGAGAAAAAAAAUUAAGUAGAAGUCGGCUGAAGUAAAUCUGUUGCCUUGUCACACAUAGUGACACUCACGCUAGAGUUCACUUAACCGGAGACCGUGAAAGUUAUAUUUCCUUGUGACUUGAACCAUGGACAACAACGGGAUAAAAGACAUCUCCAAGACUGCCAUUUCCACCAACGAAGACAGAAACAAAACUUCACAAACAAUCUCCGACGCGGCCAAUGCGACAGCAUUGCUGGCAUUAAUGGAGAAGACCGGCUUCAGUAUGAUGCAGGAAAAUGGUCAGAGGAAAUUCGGUCCUCCACCCGGUUGGACCGGCCCUCCUCCGUCUCGGGGCUGUGAAGUUUUCAUUGGUAAAAUUCCUCGGGAUUGUUUUGAAGACGAACUGGUCCCGGUUUUUCAGAAAAUUGGUUGCAUAUACGAGUUCCGUCUCAUGAUGGAUUUCAGUGGAUAUAACCGGGGGUUCGCCUUCGUCAUGUACACAGACAAAUCCAACGCUCGGACGGCCAUCAAAGAACUCAACAACUUCCAAAUUCGAAAGGGCCGUUUCUUGGGAGUGUGUGCCAGCGUGGACAACUGCCGGCUGUUUGUAGGCGGCAUCCCUAAAAUGAAACAGAAAGAGGAGAUCCUCAACGAAAUGAGGAAAAUCACCGAUGGUGUGGCCGACGUUAUAGUUUAUCCAAGCGUGCAUGACAAGAGCAAGAACAGAGGAUUCGCUUUCGUGGAGUACGAGAGUCACCGGGCGGCGGCUAUGGCUCGAAGGAAGCUGAUCCCUGGUCGCAUUCAGCUGUGGGGCCAAAAUAUUGCUGUAGACUGGGCAGAACCGGAGCAAGAUGUGGACGAGGAAAUAAUGGCUACAGUGAAAAUACUCUAUGCUAGAAAUUUGAUGAUGAGCACAUCAGAAGAUACAAUACGAAAAGUUUUUACAGAGGUUACGAAAAAAGAUGAUGUCAUUGAAAGAGUAAAAAAAAUUCGAGAUUUUGCCUUUGUACACUUUAAAAGCAGAGAAGAUGCUGUAUUAGCACAAAACAAACUCAAUGGUACCCUCUUAGAAAAUUCAAAAAUAGAAGUUGUUUUUGCCAAACCAGUAGAAAAGUCAGACCGAAUCAAAAGAAUGAACUAUUCACAGUUGUGCCUUCCUGAUGAUGUUGGAAGUCGAGCUGACUCAUUAUCUGAACCAGAUAGCGAUGAGAACUCAUACGGAGGUUUAGAAUUAUGCCAGCCAUUAUCAGCUCCAACUAAUAGGUGUUUAGAAAACUGGGAUUAUAACAUGAUGUCUAAGAAUUUGAAUCGUAAUGUUGGACGUGGAAGGAGUGCUGCUGGUUUGCGAGCUGCUGGUAAUCUGAAGUAUGGGCAACUGCCAUUAACCUAUUCUCGACCUGCCUAUUACAAUAAAGCUAUUGAGGUUUUAGAGAAUAUAUGUUUAAAGAAUGGAUGGGGCACGCCAAUUUAUCAUCUAUUAACUACCAAUAUCAAUGGUUAUCUAUGUUAUAUUUUCAAGGUCACUCUAUCUAGUUUAUCUGGUUCUCAUAUACCAUAUACAAAUGGAUGGCAACCAAGAGUAUUCAGCCGUACUAUAGAGGAAGCGAAGAUCUGUGCUGCAGAACAUGUUCUUGAACAGUUAAGAUAUUAUCAUAAUGAACGUGGUAUGGAGAUGCCUUAUUUAACUAUAGCACCGACACUAUACCCUUAUGAUGGCACUUUCUAUCAGAGCCGUCCAAUAGCAGCAGGAGCAAUUUUGCACCCCAAUGGAGUAAUUCCUCACACAGAACAUCACCAUCACCAUCACCACCUUCCUUCUAAUAUAACAACAACUGCAGUGUUGUCUCCGGUACCUAUACCUAUAGUACAUGAUCCAACUUCAGGAAAGGUGUCUCAACAAAACAACACACAGAUUGUACCAGUGCUCCCAGAUGGUGAUGGACCCUAUAUUCAAGAACAACAACAGAACUAGUAGCUUUUAUACAGCAGCAAAACAGUUGAAGUAUUUCAUGGUGUAAGACAUCUGUCAAAAAAAAAAAAAAAAAGGAAAA